AUGUUGUCUUGUUUUUCAACAAAUAGCUCCCGGUGGUAUUCUGCGACUUUACAGAAUAAUAGUGCUGUAGAAUCAUUUCAAGAAGUUCAAAACUUUUCUCCAAUAUUGACUAUUGAUCCACAGCAAUAUAAUUACAUAACGGAAAAACUUAAAGUGGGUGACACAGAGAGCAAAUAUACAAACUCCGAGCAUCAGAACCGAAAAGAGCAUUCCGAAAAUAUUAUACACCAAACUCAGCAUACUACCUUUAAACCGAAAAGAAAGAUUUCGAGAUGCAGGGAACCACCAAGAAGAUUGAAAAAAAUUAAGACAAAAAUAACAAGAGACAGUCGUUUUCUAGAUAUAUUCGAAGUUAUUGAAUUUGAUCAUGUGCCUUGCACAUCUUCUAAUGGAUUAGAAGGAUUAUGUCUUCAUGAAUACGAUUGCCAGAAGUCAGGUGGUACUAAUAUGGGAGUGUGUGCUGAUGGCCAUGGAACGUGUUGUAUAGUGCAAUUCACAUGCGAGAGUAAAUCUGCAUCUCCCAAAGGGUGGUUUACUAAUCGAGAGUAUCCCUUACCAACUAUUGAUAGACUGUCGUGCAUCAUUACUUUGGAGAAAGCAUGGCCAGAAGUUAAGCAAUUAAGACUGGAUUUUUUAACCUUUGAGUUGUUACCUCCCAACUCUGGCAAUUGUGAACAGGACCAAUUCAUAAUAACGGGUCAAGAUGUUAACAACGUGUUACCGAUCCUAUGCGGAAUCAAUACGGGCCAACACGUUUAUGUAGAAGUUGGAAAUUCGGCAGGUCCUAUCAAUUUGUCGAUUCAAACCGUCACACCUGAGAGUCGAAUAUUUGCUAUAAAGAUAGAAAUUAAUGAACUGUCUACAAGGCCUAAUAAUAGAUAUAACGAUAGUUAAUACAUAAAACGAUCCCGAUUAGAAUACCUAACAAGUAUAAGUAAAUAGAA